AUGAAGUUUUGCCUGUCUACUGACGUGGCAUUCAAGCUGUCGCUGUCGGCGCCCAAGCUCACUGUCUCCGCCGGCGCGCGCGUGUACAUAAACGGAGCCCUUGCGGCGAGCGACCCAUCCGGUGGGAAGGCCGGCGGCGGCAGCGGGCGCAUCACAAAGGACUUGAAAAAGAGGGCGCUGGUGGCGGGCCUCAACGUGAUUGCCGUGCAGGUGUCGGACAUGGGCAGCCCGGCGGUGGCUGGCUUUGACAUAGACCUGUCAUACCUCUGGAACGAACCCCUGGUUGCUUCGUUCUUGCCGGAGUCCUGCCAGUGA